UUCUCUUCAAGUCACAUGUGUUUUAACCUUUGUUAAAUUUAUAGUAAAAUUAUCAUCACAGUUUUAUUAAAACUUUACCACAAAUUUUACACAUUCCUCAUUUUAAGAACGCGUAAACGCAAGCCAAGAAUCUAUAGUGUAAUCCAAGAUGACAUCGAUUGUGGAGAUGCCCAAGGCGAAUUUGGAUGAGGCUCUGCCGCCAUGGAUGAAGAUAGACUGGUCGGACGAAGUGCUCCACGACAUUUACCGCGAUUGGGGAACCUACUAUUCCCGUCGCCGCCGCGAGAACUUCGCCCUGCACUAUCUGAACAAGGCACUCGCCCUGGAGCCCACGGAUCAUAUGACCCUGUACAAGCGGUGUCAGAGCAAGAGGAAGGCUGCCCAGAUGUUGGGCGCUCUGGCCGACAGCCGAGAUGCUGCCAAACUGGCCCUUAAGGUCGAUGGCGAGGAGAAGGCCAUCAUUAACUUGGAUAUUUGUGACGUGCUGUAUGAAUUAAACCAGUUUGAGAACAGCAAGGCCGAGAUGCACAAUAACAUGCGGAUCUUUAUUGGCAAUAAGAGGAAUAGCUUCUUGCAGCGCCAACUUGUGGUGGAUGGGGUGAUCAAAGAUGUGACUGGAGAGGCCAUGUCGGAGUUCUUCAUGAAGAAUCUAAAAACGGUCAACAUUGUUCACGACUUGAUCAUGGAGAAGGAAAGGAUCGACAAUCGACCCCUGUGGAAGAUUCUAAAGGAGCAAGGCAAGUGCGAUGUGCAGAGUAUUCCGGAGGUCCCGGAGGAGAUGCUGUCGCCAAUGGAGAUUGCUCGUCGAAAGCGGGCCUUCAACAUCUUCCACCAGUCCUAUAUCAACGACUCCUGGAUCGAUGUGCUUUUCAUGAAGAUGCUCUGCAAGAAUCCCAACCUCCUGCUGCCCCAGUGCAAGGAGUCGUCCUACUUCCUUCAGCUGCUCUCUAGCAAGCAAUACGAAAUAGUUCGUAAGUUUAUGAAAAUGCUGCAGUCUCGGUGUCCCCUCUACCUGGUCAAUUACCUGAAGUACCGCAAUAAGGCCAUGUCGGACAGAUACCGAGAGGCCUACCUGUUUCGCGUACAGUAUCAGACACAUCGUAACAUGAACAAGGCCCUGAAGCAGAUCCGAGCACUUCGUAAGGCCAAGAAGGUGCAGCAACUGGCCAAAUUCGUGGAGGAACUGAUGGGCACAUACGUGGUGCUUAAGACAGCUCGUGUGAUGUGCUGGAAGUUCGAGUUCCUCAACGAGGUCUACAACACGAUGGCUUUGGCUCUAUCCGAACAACUUCGAGUGCCCAGGGGUUUCUCGGCCCAAGGAAGUAAUGGAAUUCUAAGGUUACUGCGUUUGCCAGUGGAAAGGAUCAAGGACUUUGUUUCACUGACCUUUGGAGAUAGACAACCGGAGCCUGAGGGUAACGAUCCAGCAACCAUAAGGGCCAAAAAGUUGACUGCACGCCUAGAACAUCGAAUGAACUUUGCCAAGUAUUCAAUUGAAAAGUGCUAUUUGUUGCAUCAGAUUUCCCAGUCGUAUUUGGACCAAGGACGUCACUCCGAGUGUGCUUUUAACGCUCGCAAGGCAAUUAAAGAGAGCAAGAACUGCAACAGCAAUCUGUGGAAGUUCCUCAGCGUGGUUCAGAUAGUCAAGGCCAAUGCCAUUCUGCACAAGCUGGAACAGACUAAGGAGGCCCUAGAUGACGCCCUGCCCAUCGCCCACAGCCUCAAUUCUCCUGAGUUGGUAUUGUUCAUAGAGAACUGCAUGAUGUGCAACACGGAGGACUCGAUCAACAAGCGGGCCACCCUAAUGCAGUCGCGUCGGGUGAGCAAGUCCGAAUCUGUGGCCACCCAGUCAUUACUUAGCGGUCAGGAAAAUGAAGACGGCUCGCAAGGAUAUAAAUCGGCGUAAUUCCCGAUCUAAUAUUUAACAUUAACAUUUUACUUUCUUUCGUUACUAAUGUUUGGCAUAUGUUUACACUUGGAAAAUAAAUAAUUCACAAAUGU